GAGGGGUGCGGGGGUAGCGGGGCAGGCGGGCAGUGGAGCGAGAGGCCUGCUGACACGGCUGCUGGGAGGAGGAGGGGCCUGAUCCUGAGAGCGUGCACUUGCAUCGCAUGGCAGCCUCCACCUGCCGUACAACACCCUACCCCUCACCAGCCGUACAACACCCUACCCCUCACCAGCCGUACAACACCCUACCCCUCCACCUGCCGUACAACACCCUACCCCUCACCUGCCGUACAACACCCUACCCCUCACCUGCCGUACAACACCCUACCCCUCACCUGCCGUACAACACCCUACCCCUCCACCUGCCGUACACAGGCAGGUGGACCGUGCCGAGGUGGGUGACUUCCUGGACGACAGCGGCAGCGAGCUGUCUGAUCUGGGGCUGGAGGACGUGGCGCUGGUCAAGAUGCGGGCGCGGACACCGCCCUGGCAGAAGGCUGAGCAGAGCCAGUGGGAGGGGCAGUGGGCCAAGCUCACGCAGCGCUCGGGGCGGGGCAACCUGGACGUGGUGUGGGACCUGGCGGACACGGCAGCCAGGGUGCAGGCCGUCCGACAGCGUCGUGCGGACCGCCUCACCGCCUCCGCCCCCCCGCUCCCCGCCGCCGCCGCCACCACCUCGCCCACCGCCGGCAGCGACGGCUCCUCCCCCUCCCCGUCCCGCUGCGGCAGCCCCUCCCGCCUGGACCCCCUCACGCAGCCCUACGACCCCGCCACGCAGCCUCUGCCCGCCGCCGUGGUGACGCAGCUGCUGCUGCAGCGCUACGUGGACAAGUACGCGCGGAUGGGGCUGCUGGACCACCUGCCGCUGCGGGCGGCGGCGGAGGCGGCGGCGCUGCUGGGGGGGGCGCAGGGGCAGGGAGGUCAGGGGCAGGGAGGGCCGCAGCAGGGCGGGCUGCCGGGAGGAGGGCUGCCGGGAGGGCAGGUGCUUCCGGAGCAGGCGCAGAUGCGGCUGUGGCAGCAGCAGCAGCACUUCCAGCUGCUGCAGCAGCAGCGGUGAGGGGUGGGUUAGUGAGGGGGGAAUGAGCGGUCGUCAGGGUACCGGUGUUAGAAUGAGCUGACCAGGGGGGAGGGUGGUGGUGUAGAGGGUACUUGGGAUUGGGAGCGACUGGGUCGUUACGGU